CCAAAUCCCAGGCCUGAUGCGCGUUCACCCGCUCAAAAACAUGCCCACCCCCCUGCACCGAUCAACAUCCCCUACGGUCCCAACGACAGCCACCGACCAGCGGAUGAAACGCGAUCACCAGCAGCGCGGAGCCAAUGACGAGAAGCAGCCGAGGCAAGGCGGGGUUCGGCUUCUCCACGCCUGACGCCAUCCACUUUGUUCUCUUGUGCUCGCUAUUAAUAUCUCCCUCUCCAGGUUGUUCUCGACCGGCUAUCGAUUUCCGUCCGCCGUCGCUUUUUACGGAGAACUUACUCACCGUUCCAUCGCUACGGUCCACUGUGGCCCAGCCCAAUCCGAUUCCAUCUGGCAGGUCGAUUGAAUCCACCCGUCUGGAAUCGCUGCGUGUGGCCUCAGCAGCAGCAACAUCCGAGCUCCACUCGUCUCUGCGCGAUCUCUCCAUCGCCCAAACCCCCGUAAAGGAUAUCCCCCGCCCAACCGUGACCACAAACAUGUCAAGCAACAAGCCUGCUGCAUCGAAGAAGAAGCCCGCGGCCCCCGUCGCCGACUCCUGGGAAGACGAAGCAGACGACUCCGAGUCUUCUCCAGACCUCGACUCCCCAGCCCCAGACCAAGACCCGGCCACCAUGCUUUCUCCCUCCGUCACGGCCGCCGAGGGCCCGCUAGAUCCCCCUCCCACGCCCAUCUCGCCGCAGACGUCGCAGCCGUGGGUUGCAACCCCCGCGUACGCGAGCACGGGGCCGUCGUCGUCCACCUCGUCCGGUGCGAGGUCGCCCACGCGCAGGCCGGAGAAGCAGACGGCUGUCGCGGGGCGGAUGAUUGCGGGGGCGUUGGGCAUGCGGGCGCCCAAAAGGACGGAGGAACAGCGCGCGUAUGACCGCUCCGUGAAGGAGCAGGAGAUUCGGCGGCGGAAUCGCGAGCGGGAGGAGGCGGCUAAGGCCAAGGAGGAUGAGGAGCGCGCGAAGGCCGCGGUUUGGGAUGAGUGAGCUCGAGCUCCUUACUAUUACUACGACUUAUAGUACUUAUAGUACCUCACUUCAUCUUUGGUGGUUUCUCUUGUUUUAUAUUUUUACCUUCGCUGUCUGUCGGUCUCUGUUUAUAUAUUUGGUUUACAGUGGGGUUGUUUGAUGAUUCUUUCGCUCUUGGGAUUGGGUUGGGUUGUAAUCGUAUACUUAUUAGGGGUUUUGGGAUGAGUGGCUGCUAUGCUAUUAACGGGUGCAUGGAAAACG